CCCAAGUUCAGUUGCAGAGAAAUGGCCAAACGUACCUUCUCCACAUUAGAGACGUCCCUGAUUUUCCUCCUUAUAAUGAUGACUGCGAUCACGGUGGCCCUGCUCAGUCUCUUGUUUAUCACCAGUGGGACCAUUGAAAAUCACAAAGAUUCUGGUUUUCCACCCACUGAGAGCCCUCAGUCCACCCAGGGCUCCACAGCCCCUCAACACUCAACACCCACAAAAGGCCCCACAACCACCAAGGUGUCCCCAGUGUCUACUACACCAGAGCCUCCUCUAUUUCAGAACUUCAGUGGCUACCACAUUGGUGUUGGGCGAGCUGACUGCACAGGACAAGUAGCAGAUAUCAAUAUGAUGGGCUACGGGAAAAGUGGCCAGAAUGCACGGGGCCUCCUCACCAGGCUGUACAGUCGUGCUUUCGUCAUGGCCGAACCCGACGGGUCCAAUCGAAUGGCGUUUGUCAGCGUCGACAUAGGCAUGAUAUCCCAACGACUGAGGCUGGAGGUUCUGAACAGACUGAAAAGUAAAUAUGGCUCCCUGUACAGAAGAGACAAUGUGAUCCUGAGUGGCACUCACACGCACUCGGCUCCAGCAGGAUAUUUCCAGUACACCGUGUUUGUAAUUGCCAGUGAAGGAUUCAGCAAUCGAACUUUCAAUUACAUGGUCACAGGCAUCGUGAAGAGCAUUGAGAUAGCACACAAAAAUAUGAAACCAGGAAAAAUCUUUAUCAAUAAAGGAAAUGUGGAGGGUGCACAAAUCAACCGAAGCCCUUUUUCUUACCUUCAGAAUCCACUGUCAGAGAGAAUAAGGUAUUCUUCCAAUACGGACAAGGAAAUGGUAGUCUUGAAAAUGGUAGAUUUGAAUGGAGACGACCUGGGCCUUAUCAGCUGGUUUGCCAUCCACCCAGUCAGCAUGAACAACAGCAAUCAUCUUGUAAAUAGUGACAAUAUGGGCUAUGCAUCUUACCUUUUUGAGCAAGAGAAGAACAAAGGAUACUUGCCUGGGCAGGGACCGUUUGUAGCAGCUUUUGCUUCAUCAAACCUAGGAGACGUGUCCCCCAAUAUUCUUGGCCCACGCUGUGUCAACACGGGAGAGUCCUGUGAUAACUCCAACAGCACUUGUCCCAUUGGUGGGUCUACCAUGUGCAUGGCGAUGGGACCUGGGCGGAGUAUGCUGGAAAGCACACAAAUUAUAGGGCGGAUGCUGUACCAGAGAGCUACGGUGCUGUAUGCCUUCGCUUCCCAGGAGUUAACUGGGCCACUGACUUCGGCUCAUCAGUGGGUGAACAUGACGGAUGUCACUGUCUUGCUCAAUUCCACACACACAGCAAAAACAUGUAAACCAGCACUGGGCUACAGUUUUGCAGCUGGCACAAUCGAUGGAGUUGGGAGCUUCAAUUUUACGCAGGGGACAACGGUAUCGGAUCCAUUUUGGGACUCUCUUCGGGAUCAGCUCUUGGGCAAACCAUCUGAAGAAAUCAAAGAAUGUCAUAAACCAAAGCCAGUCCUUGUUCACACUGGAGAGCUGUCAAAACCUCAUCCCUGGCACCCAGAUAUCGUUGAUGUCCAGAUUAUUACUCUUGGGUCCUUGGCCAUAACUGCCAUCCCUGGGGAACUUACGACCAUGUCUGGACGAAGACUCCGGGAGGCAAUUAAAGCAGAGUUUGCAACUUAUGGGAUGCAGAAUAUGACUGUUGUUAUUUCGGGUCUAUGCAAUGUAUACACACAUUACAUCACCACUUAUGAAGAAUACCAGGUUCAACGGUACGAGGCAGCAUCUACAAUUUAUGGACCACACACGCUGUCUGCUUACAUCCAGCUCUACAGAGGCCUUGCUAAGGCCAUCGCUACGGACACAGUAGCCAAUCUGAGCAGAGGUCCGGAGCCUCCAUUUUUCAAAGAACUGAUAAUCCCAUUAAUUCCUAAUAUUGUGGAUAGAGCACCAAUAGGCAAGAAUUUUGGGGAUGUCCUGCAGCCGUUGAAUCCUAUAUACAGAGUGGGAGAAGUUGCUGAAGUUACAUUUGUAGGUGCUAACCCAAAGAAUUCAGCGGAAAACCGGACCCAUCAGACUUUCCUCACUGUGGAGAAAUAUGAGGACACUUCAGCCACCUGGCACAUAGUGCAUAAUGAUGCCUCCUGGGAGACUCGUUUCUAUUGGCACAAGGGAUUCCUGGGUCAUAGCAAUGCAACGGUUCAAUGGCAUAUUCCAGAUACUGCCCAGCCCGGGAUCUACAGAAUAAGAUACUUUGGACACAAUCGAAAGCAGGACUUUCUCAAGCCCGCCAUCAUACUUUCAUUUGAAAGUACUUCGUCCAGUUUUGAAGUUGUAACUAUUAAGUGAAAAGUUGACACAGCACUUAGAGAACAGUUUUGCUCUGUAUAAAUUACAUAACUGAUUUCAUAUGAAGUAUGCUGUUCUGAUGACUUCUAUAGUUGUCCCAGUUUGGAGUUUACUGCUAAUGGGACAGAGGUGUGUGUGUGUG